AAGAAUUAGCAGUGAUAUGUUGAUAACUGACUGAACAAAUCUUGAAGUACACACACUGAAAUAUUGCCAGUUAACAAACCAUAUGUUUAUGUUAAAUACCUAAAUUUUAAGCGAUGUAAUAAACAUUUGUUUCGAAUAAUUAUAUUAUUUAAAAGAAAGACAUUUGUUUUAAAUUACUUGUGUUGUGAUUUUGAUGUGUGUUAUGUUUGAGAGACUUAAAUAUGUUUGUUCUUAUUUUCUGCACCUUUUGGCCAACAGUUAUCCAGCAUCUUGCUUUAUGUGUGUUUGGGGAAGGUUCAGGUAUUUGUCACCCAGCUGAGGAAAGGAUGGAUGGUGGAGGAGCCUGAUCUGGGCUCAGUAGCACUCAAUGGCUCUCUCCGCACUGCAGGUCCAGCGCUUUUCAUAAGUUUGGAGAAUGCUGUGAAGAAGUCAGACAUACACUCUUUGUUCUUGCACAGCUCAAAACGUAAAGCCUGUGUGCAGUAAGAGGCUGGUUUUAGUGGGAAUUACACUCCAGAUUGAAUCUAGAGCAAGAAGGCCCAUUGGCCAUGGGAGGCUCCAAGGGGAAGGUGGAAUCUGUGUCUCUCGGCUUUGUGCUCUUGUUGUGUGUGCUCCACUCCAAUGCACAGGAAGACUACUCUGGUAACAAUUCAGGUGAAGACCAUACAUAUGAGGGUUCGCUAAUAAAUGGAUAUGAAAGAGAGUCUCGAGACCCACAAACUGAGGUCACCAUGAUCACAGAGGAGACCUACCCGUACGCCAGUAGCACCGAAUCAUAUGACUAUGCCAAAGAGGUGACCACUUUAACCACCCAGGUCCCAUAUGGAGGGAGUGCAGAAAUGGGGGAGGAGGGACCCACUGCAUGUGAUUGUGAACCAGGCGAGCCUGGAUUUGCUGGCUUUCCUGGUCCCAAGGGAUCUGUAGGGCCACAAGGAAAACAGGGAUUCCCAGGGGCUCAAGGCAGGGAGGGUUACAAAGGAACCAAAGGAGUUCGAGGACAAGGAGGUGAUCCAGGCUCUGAUGGUGAUCCUGGGCUUGAUGGAGAGGAUGGUGAAUCUGGUUUCUCUGGUGCACUGGGUUUGCCUGGACUUCCAGGAGACCCAGGUGUGAGGGGAAACCCUGGAUUAAAGGGAGAUGUUGGGAUGGAAGGUCCUCGUGGAGGAGUAGGGCCUCCAGGAGAGAGUGGCCUAGUAGGUCCAAUUGGACAACCAGGAACUGUGGAAAGUAAAGGUAUUAAGGGAUCAGCUGGAAAACCUGGGAAGCAGGGGCCUCAGGGACGAUCGGGACCGAAGGGUCAGACUGGAGCACCUGGAUUUCCUGGGGAUGUUGGGGAACAGGGUUACACUGGUUAUCCUGGAAUAACUGGAGACAGGGGAGUGCCAGGGCCAAAGGGUGAGGAAGGAAUCAGUGGCUUACCAGGAAGUGAUGGAGAGUCUGGAGAGGAUGGUCAGCAAGGAGUUCUGGGAAUUGAAGGGCCACCGGGGUCAUUCGGUGCAAAGGGUUUUAAAGGGGAACGUGGACAGAGGGGCCGUCCCGGGAGAAUGGGGGCUAGGGGCCCACAAGGGGAAAGUGGCGAUUCAGGGAUUCCUGGAAAGCCAGGUCCAAAAGGCCUAAAAGGCCCAACUGGUGCCAAAGGGGAAACUGGAGCAGAGGGCAUUAAGGGUGAUGAGGGGAGAAAAGGCCAGAAGGGUGUUAAAGGAGAAAAGGGAAGUUCAGGCUCCCGUGGUGACAAGGGGCAGCAAGGAGAGAAAGGCUAUAUUGGACCUGUUGGCCCUGUAGGUCGUGUGGGACCACCAGGUAUCCCCGGCCCCAGAGGUGACAAUGGUCCCAUUGGGGACAUUGGAGUGAAAGGAAGCAGUGGGCCAAAAGGAAAUCCUGGUGAACCAGGUCCUAGUCUAACAGAUGAGCAAGUUUUGCAGCUGUGUCGAGGAGUAGUGACUGCCCAAAUCUCCCAGUAUGCCUCUUCUAUUCGAGCUAAGUGUACACAAGGAUGUCCUAUCAACAACCGCACCCUAAUUGGACCGCCAGGAACACAAGGGCUUCCUGGGAGUCGAGGCAAAUCUGGAAAACCGGGCAAAGUUGGAGCUAAAGGAGCCAGGGGGCCACGAGGUAUAAUUGGGGUAGAAGGACAGAAGGGAGCACAGGGUGACAGAGGAAAUAAAGGUCAAAAAGGACAGCAGGGUGACCCUGGCCAAGGACUUCCUGGGCAAGAUGGCCACCAAGGCCCCAGAGGGCUCCCAGGUCAUCCAGGAGUGCCUAGGAAUGGACUUGAGGGACCUCAAGGACCUCGUGGUUUCCCGGGUCCAGUGGGUCAGCCAGGUAUGGCUGGUAGUCCAGGUGUGCCAGGAUUGUGUGAGGCACGGGACUGUAGCAUUUAUGCCCCUGUUGUGCGUAAAGAGCAAGGACUUGUAAAAGGCCCUCAAAGUUCUGGGAUGUAAGCACAAGCAAGGAUGAUUAUUAAUCCGCCUGCUCAGCAAGAGAAACAUAAACAAGCAGCGGUCAAGUGCACAUUUUGGAAGACAUGACAGCAGAAGGAAAAGCUGAGCCAAAUCUCUUGAACUUUACCAUUUCCGUUUUAACAACCUAACUUUAAAGAAAAGACAGACUCACAACUGAAUAAAUGCAUUAAAGUGUAUAAAAUCAAAGGUAAAAAUGCCAUGUGCUUUGUGAAGUGUGGGAUUAGUCUGAUGAUGCAUUCAUGAACAGAGAUGCUGUGGUUCCACUACAAAUAAAGAAGACAUGUAAAUAAUAUUGUAA